AUGACUUCUCGUCCUGGCCCGACUGCAGCUCAGCGCACCACCGCUGGAAAUCUCCCGCGCCCACCCAUCCAAGGCCGCCCCGCCGUGCAGCAGCAUGCCUUCCAGGCCAAUGCUCGCCCGCCUGCCGAUGUCAUUGAUCUGACCGCCGACGACGGCAAGCAGCCGCCCGCCGACGCGCCGCCCAAGAAGCCAGCCCAGCAGGAAGACCCUCGCUGGGAUGCCCAGUUCGCUGCGCAAGACGGCUUCUCGAGACCCCCUCCUCGCGGUCGGCCCCAGAUUUCCUUCGAAGAUGUCGCCGACGCCGCGGCCUCGGGGUUCGGAAGAGCCGCCUCCGCCGCCCUGCGCUCCACCGCCAUCGCGACUUCCGGAAGCCUGCCCUUCCCCCCACGCCCCGGGUUCCGCGUGCACAAGCGACAGUCGCAGGGAGCGAGGCCCGUCGUGGGCGCCGUGAAGAAGGACGUUGCCCAACGCACCGGUGUCGUGGAGCCUCCCCCCGACGCCGUUUGGGUGUCGCGCGGGAAGACGGUGGAUUUCUAUCCCUGGGCUGGCAAUCACCCGGAGGACAAUCUGUCGGCGGAAGUCGUGAAAGUUGGCUACUAUGACGAUCGCAAGGGUCAGGUUGACCUGAAUGCGGGGAAAUCGUACGUUGGCCCCCAGAUCAAGAACAAAUCUACUCUGCAGGCUUUAUCCUCGCUUUUCGUUCAGGCGCUUGAAAAACGACAAGCAUCUGGACGCGUGAGGGAGCCUUCAUCUUUCAAACCGCCUCCCAGAAUCACAGUCAAAGAUACCCAGCGCGAAGAAUGGCUCCGAGAUCUGGCAAAUCCCUCGCUUCCGCCGAAACGCAGGAUCCCGCACGGCAUUCGGGGGAAGCUUCUACUGGAACAGUGUCUCAGCAAAAACAUACCCAUCUCUCGCGCCAUUUGGCUCGCGAAAUGUGUCGGAGCAAACGAAAUGCGCGCUUGGAUGCGCAAGGGUGCAAGUAGCACGGGUGGCAUGGGCGGUGAGCUGAAAUGGGUUCGCGAGUGGACCGUCUUCGUGGAACAGUUUGUCGACAGCACCAUCAGCACCUGCGGCCAAGAGAGUUGGCGCGAUAAGAUGGACUACACUAUCCGGUUGGCUUCGCAACUGUACACCGAGCGACUCCUGGACCAGGAUCAUUAUCUCGACUGGCUUCUUAUGUCUCUGGAAUCAUCCGAAGUUGAGCGCCUUCCCAUCUGGUUUCUCAUGAUUCAGAUCUAUUGGCAAGACCUUGUUGCCGUCCGGCGGCGAGGACGACGCCUGGCCGAAGCGUUGCUGUUGCAGCUUGGCAACAUGACCAAUGGCGACAACUCGGAUGCUGAUCACCCGCUUGUUCAGCGGUCACGACAGCUGAUCACUGCUUUGGUUCUGCGACAUCGUAACUGCAUGGUUAUCCCAAGGACGUGGAAUAGGCACAAGCACAUCCUGGAGAGUAUGCUUACGAGCACCAGUCAGCCUGCGCUCCAAAGCGCUCUGCGUUCUGUCAUUAGGAGAAACGAGCGGCUCGGUGGUUGGAACCAUAAGCCGACGCAGACCCACCAAUCCCCUCAAAAAACCAUCCUCUCGGCUCUUGACUCAAUAGCCCUGGACUUCGAUCUCAACCAUUUUGCCACCGGAUGCUUGGCAAGCAUGCCCGACACCCAAGCCCUCGCCGUCACUGUACUUCAAUGGGCAUGCUCUCUUUACCGCGAGGGGGAGCACAGGCUAUACAUUGCAGCGCGCUUGCUUCGAAAAUGGAAAUCCAGGGGAGCUGAUAUCGACAGCGCUGUUCUGACCGUCCUCAGCGAUGAGCAGAAGCUGAAAGGUAUCAAGCAUCGGGACUUUUUCAGACUCGUUGCCGAGCUUGUGCGUUCAAAGCAUUUCUCCGUCGGCAGGUAUCUUCAGUGGCUGAUUGCAAGUGGAAGUUUGUCGACCGGCGGAGACAUCACCAAAAGCGAGGCCUGCAACGUGCGUCUCAUCGCGGAGAUCCCUCUCCAGGGCCUUCCAGAGCACGUGCUCAACCUUCGACAAACACUGCUCCAAACAACCCUCCAGAACGGUGCAUACGAAGCUGUGGUACUAAUGGACGACCACAGUGCGAUAAUCAAGCAGCUGUGGUCGAUUUUCGCCCCUGACAUUGGUGCUGAAAUAACAUUUGACAUCCCUUUCGCCGACUUAAGCACGAGCGUCAGGCUUGAGAUCAGCCGGUGGCUGCGCCAAGAGUUACUUGCACGGCUAGACUCAAGCUCGGAUGACGACAGUGAUGAGAUGCGAGACGACUACACGCUCACUCCGUCCCGCUUCUAUGCCAUCAGGGACGUCAUGGAGCAGCUGGAAGAUUUUGCCAUCCUCGCUGACAUUUUGGCCAUUUCCAUGGAAUCGGGCGAUAUGAUGAUUUUCGCAGCCAUAGCUGAUACUCUCAACCACCAUCAUCGGACAUUUGCAGCUAUUGGUGCCCUCCGGCCUCUGUUCAAUAAUCUCGUUGAGCAAUAUGGAAAGUUUAGGCUGGAAAAGCCGUUAGAACGCGCUUUUCUUCUCGCGCUCGCCGAUCUCUGCUGCAGGCUCCAAGCAGAACCGAAUCUUGUCCUUCAACUCACAACCGAUAUCACCCGAUUGGAACAACGAUCUGCAGUGGCGGCAUGCUCGCCGGCAUCCGACAAUAUGGCUGACUUCCACAGUGGCAAGAUGGAUUUCGAUGAGGAAAUUGAUCGCAUACUUGCUAGCGGUACGACUAUGGAUGAGAACAUGGUUGCACGAGUUUUCGCUAGGGUCGUCUCACGCAUCGGAGAGCAAAAUGGAAAGGACGAUGGUCGGAAUAGCAAAUAUGGGCUGUGGCUUCAGCGCUUGAAGGCCUUUGACGACAAGACAUUCGACCGCCACAUGUCUGACACCAUCUCCAGUCUAAUGCUCAGUAAUGGGCAGUCGCUGCUUCACAUUCUUCCGUGCGCAGUUGGGUCCGGCUCGCUUUCCCUCGAGAAUUUUAUCUCUUUUUCGGAGACCACGAUUGGCAUCCUGAAGAGGUCGAACGUCUCGGCUGCAGCCAAUGCCUCGUUGCACGUGUUGGACGCCAUUCUACCAAUGGAGGGCCUCCACGGAUUUGGGUUGGUGCAAGAGAUUUAUCGGUUCCGGAUUGAACAAGAAAAGCUUUGUCAAAGUUCACAGGGGACAGCACUUCAGCUUUUACGGCAAACGAUUGAGCUUUGCUCAACUUCUAAGGAUCCCAAUCAGCCCAUCCAGCUUGAGGCUUUGCUACGGAAUCAGCGCUUACUUAAGGUCCUCCGCUUCCAUGCGUCUCGAAACGCGCAAGAUUUUUGUGUGGCCAUGGGCAUCAGUCCUUCAUCAGGAAAGGCAAACACUGCAAUGUCUUUGGACGAAAAGCGCUCGACGUUGUUCAAGAAAAUGUUCGACUCGUUGAUGGAUCCGAGUAGUAGCUUAGGCCUGUCAAAACUUGACGCUGAAGAGCAGGCGAGCACCCUUGUCAAUGCUGCCGAUGAUCUUUCAGUCCCCUUCUGCCAGCUGGAGCUGCAGCUUCUCUUCAAGAUCCAAGUCUUGUCUGACGAAGAAGGCGAGAUUGGUGUCGCAGAUGCUAUCAUCCAGGCUGUCAAAGAGGCUGUGGAAGCGGACAAGUCUAUCUGGUCGGAUCUACUCACUGGACUGGACGCGGAGAUGACACGAAAGAUCCGCGAGUAUGCCGAAACGCACGUUCUUUCCGCCGUCAGCACCCUCGCUAGGUCACGCUCAGGCGCUGAGGACUCCUCUCUUUCAUCUUGCAAGGAAGGCCAUGAGAAGAUGCUCCAGAGGUAUCUUUCCGUGCUCAACCUCACCGCUUGGAGUAUAGAGGAUAAGACUCAAGGUCCAAUCUGCGCUUCCAUCCUGGAAAGGUUCCGGACAUUACUCGAGCUGCUUUCACAAACGGCUCAAGCAGCUCCAGCUGGCGACCCGAAGGAAGAUGCAAUGAAGUUGCGGCAGGGCUCUGCUGCAGUUAGCGCUCUUUGUCCUUGGAUAAAUGCUCUCCUACAUCUGAUUGUGGUCCACAAGUCAGUCUGCCAACCCGGCAAAGCAAACACUAGCCACCAAGCUAGUCUGCUCUGGACAUUACGCGCCUUCCUUCUCCACCCAGAGCUGCAGCCUUACCCCAAGACAACCGAAUACAUCCUUGACGUCGCGGCUUCUCUCUCUGACGACCUCCCUGAAGAAGCUCGGGCUCAACUGCUCAAGUAUGAGUCCGUCAAACCAAUCCAUGACCCUCGCAUACUCUUCCUUCUCGGCUUUCCUUCAACCAUGCAAGAUUCCUGGCUUGGCCUCAUAACACCUACACAAUCCCAAGCCUCUGGCUCAACCAAUACUCCAAAUCCAUCGACCGCCAGUAAUGCUGCUAAUGCCGCGGCUGCAGCCCGCGGCACAGCAGGGCAACAUCAACACCAAGGCUUCUGGCAGCCGCAAGUGCAGCGUACUCAAGCGCAACAGCAGCGCCUCGGAGCCGCAGGUGCAAAUGCUGCCGCCCUUGCUGGUGGGGUGAGUGGAAAUGGCCCAGUUCCACCGAUUGAAUAUGGCAAACCAGUGCCAUUCCAGCUUAGACGCUGGGAGAUUCUGCCGGACUCGACUAGUGGUUCAGGCCCGAACGAUACUGCGCUGAGCCUCACGUUAUUUGACGCUAAGAAGGUUUAA